UUUAAGCCGCCAUCUUGUCUCUUUUCCCCCCCACAAGAAGCUCGGUGUCGUUACAGGAUGGCCGACUACUCCAGCGUGGCUCCUCCGUCCUCCAACUCGGGCGGCGGGGUGAACGACGCCUUUAAGGAUGCGCUGCAGCGCGCCAGGCAGAUUGCUGCAAAAAUAGGAGGCGACGGUGGUGUGCCCCCCCCUCCAGUCGCCAACGAGUUCGGCUACGGCGGCCAGAAGAGGCCCCUGGAGGAUGCCGAUGACUCUUGGACAAGUCUGAGCAGUAGAACACACUGGGAGGGAUUUCAGUCUUCUUUCACAGAUCAACCGGAAACAAAGAAAAUGGCUUCACAGAGCGACCCUUUCUCAUCAGUUAUGGGGGGCAUGAAUUCCGCUCCCAGGUCGACCUCUGAGGAGUUCAAGGUUCCAGAUGGGAUGGUUGGAUUCAUUAUUGGACGGGGGGGUGAGCAGAUAUCCCGACUGCAGCAGGAGUCUGGAUGCAAGAUACAGAUUGCCCAAGACAGUGGCGGCCUACCAGAGAGGUCUGUGACCUUGACGGGGUCCCCAGAUUCAAUCCAGACGGCGAAGAGGCUGUUGACGGAGAUUGUGGAGAAGGGCCGACCCCAGCCAUUCAUGCACUCCGACGGGCAGGGGAUGGCCGUGCAGGAAAUUCUCGUCCCAGCCACUAAAGCUGGCCUUGUGAUCGGGAAGGGUGGCGAGACCAUCAAGCAGUUGCAGGAACGUGCCGGUGUGAAGAUGGUGAUGAUCCAGGAGGGCCCUCAGAACACAGGGGCUGACAAGCCUCUCAGGAUUUCCGGGGAGCCUUUCAAGGUCCAGCAAGCCAAAGAGAUGGUGAUGGAGCUGAUCCGGGAUCAGGGCUUCCGGGAACAGCGAGGCGAGUACGGCUCCCGCAUGGGCGGAGGUGACACGCUUGAUGUCCCUGUCCCGAGGUUUGCCGUCGGGAUAGUGAUUGGCAGGAAUGGUGAGAUGAUCAAGAAGAUCCAGAAUGACACUGGAGUCAGGAUCCAGUUUAAACCAGAUGAUGGCUCGAUGCCUGAAAGAAUAGCUCAGAUCAUGGGCCCGCCUGACCGGGCUCAGCACGCCGCCGAGAUAAUCGCCGAUUUGCUGAGGAGCGUGCAGGCUGGAGGCCCCCCAGGGCCUGGGGGCCGGGGCCGCGGCAGGGGACAGGGCAACUGGAACAUGGGUCCCCCUGGGGGGCUGCAGGAGUUCACUUUUACCGUCCCUGCCAUGAAGACCGGCCUCAUCAUCGGCAAAGGGGGCGAGACCAUCAAAAGCAUCAGCCAGCAGUCAGGGGCUCGGGUAGAGCUGCAGAGGAAUCCGCCCCCCAACACCGACCCCAACCUCAAGAUCUUCACCAUCCGCGGCUCCCCCCAACAGAUCGACUACGCCAGGCAGUUGGUGGAGGAGAAGAUCGGGGGUCCAGUCAGUCCCAUAGGCGGUCCCCAUGGCCCCCCCGGUCCACAUGGAGGACCUUCUCCACACGGUCCACCUGGACCACCUGGACCUCCUGCCCCGAUGGGUCCCUAUAACCCCGGACCGUACAACCAGGGCCCCCCUGGACCACACGGUCCCCCAGCCCCCUACCAGCCCCAGGGUUGGGGUAAUGGCUUCCCUCACUGGCAGCAAGGCCAGCCAGAUCCUGGGAAGGCGGCCGCUGACGCCAACGCUGCAGCCUGGGCGGCGUACUACUCGCAGUACCAGCAGCAGCCGCAGCCUCCCAUGGCCCCCGCAGCUGCUGCGCCGGGCACCGCACAGACCAAUGGGCAAGGUGACCCGCAGGCUCCAGGUCAGAGUGGACAGACAGAUUACACCAAGGCCUGGGAAGAAUAUUACAAGAAAUUGGGUCAACAGGGACAGCCGCAGCAGGAUUACACUAAAGCCUGGGAGGAGUACUACAAAAAGCAAGGUCAGGCGGCUCCCCAGGCAGCGCCGGCUGCUGCGUCCCCUGCGGGAGGCCAGCCGGACUACAGUGCAGCCUGGGCUGAGUACUACCGGCAGCAAGCGGCAUAUUACGGACAGGGCAGCCCCCAGGCCAUGGGGGCCGCGCCCCCCCAGCAGGUACCGCUUGCCCCGCUCCCCGCCGCCGCCGCUAACCCUUUCCCCCUAGGUGUGGGCGCCCCCUUGAGGAGCUGGCGUCUCUACGACUAACAGCCUUCUCUCCCACAUACAGGCUUCUGUGAUCUUUGAUCCACUUGUUAACACUUUAUGUAUCUUUUAUGUAUUUCCUCUGCACAGGGCCAGUAAUGUGAAGUGGACAUAAAGUAUUUGCUUCACUGUCGAAAAAUCCUUUGUUAAAUGUUUGGAUGCAGACGCCUUGAUGAAGAUCUUAAUUUCUUUGGUUUAAAGUGUCGAAAAGAUUACAAGUUCCGGCGGGGGUGGGGGGGCAGGUUCUUUUUGUUUGCUGUGUUUUGGUUUUUCUCCCUUGUACAAUAUAAGCAGUUUGUUUUUAGUGUGGUAAUGAUAGUUUUGGACAUUCCAGCUCAUGUAUUUCAUGUGGUCAAUGCUCAUGUUUAUAAUUACUGUAGUAAUUUCCAUGUAAUUCAUCUCCGUUUUAAAAUGCUUGUUGUGUUUUGCAAUAAAACAAAAUGAAACCUC